AUGACUCAAGGGGAAAUAACUAUAAGAUCCAUGUUUCAUCUUUUGCUGUUCUUAGGGUUCUGCACUACUGGGGUCUGUCGCUCUCGUCAGUAUCAUUUCAUCAACGAGAAUAAAACUUGGGCUGAAGCACAGAGAUACUGCAGAGAGAAUUACGUCGACUUAGCCAGUAUUGAUAAUGCUAAAGAAGAGCUGGAUCUUUUUAAAACAGUAGAUAUCAGGAACUACAGCCCAGUCUGGCUUGGACUAUAUGAUGAUCUGAACAGCUGGAAAUGGUCCCUAGAUGAUGAUGAUGCUUUCUACCAGGAGGGAGACACAAGCUUUAGAAAUUGGAACUGGACUGAAGCACAGAUGUACUGCCGAGAGAAUUACACUGACCUGGCUACCAUUGAGAACAUGGGAGAAAUGAACAAGCUCCUUAAUGCAGUAAAUAAUAGCUACUCAGGUUUGGCCUGGAUUGGAUUAUAUGAUGAUCCGGACAGCUGGAGAUGGUCUUUGGAUGAUGAGGACUUCUACAGUGAAGGAGAAAAGAUGUUCACUGGGUGGUACCAUGAACCUAAUAACUACAACGGAAAAGAGCUGUGUGUGUUUAUUCGUUCGGACGGGAAAUGGGAUGAUGGAGAUUGUAACAAUUCUAUGACUUUUAUUUGCUAUGACGGAAGAAAUGUAACAGAAGGUUACAUCUGGGUUAACCAGUAUAUGUCCUGGGCAGAAGCUCAGCAUUACUGCAGGCAGCGUUACACAGACCUGGCCAGUGUGAGGAAUCAAGCAGACAAUAAAAAAAUCCUCAACCUCACAGGUGGUUCUUCUGCUUGGAUUGGCUUAUACAGGACCAGACUCUGGUCAGACCAGCACGAGUCUACCUAUGAAAACUGGAGACCAGCCAGCCCAUAUAUUCCAGAACAACCAGACAAUGGAUUAUAUGUUUUUCGGGAACAGGGCAAUCAGCAUUGCACAGCUGUAUCACUUGGAGAUUCUGGGCAGUGGACAGAUGAGGAUUGUUUAGCCACACUUCCUUUUAUCUGCUAUAACAAAUUCUGCACAGGAUCAUUAUGCACCCAUCAGUAUCACCUGCUUACUGAUAAUAAGACCUGGACUGAAGCCCAGACUUACUGCAGAGUGAAUUAUACUGACCUGGCCACCAUUAAUAACAUGGAGGAUAUAGGAAGGAUGCUUGACACAGCACAUGGCACCUACUCUGGUUUAGCCUGGAUCGGACUGUAUGAUGAUCUGAACAGCUGGAAAUGGUCUCUGGAUGAUGAUCUUUUCUACAAGGAGGGAGAAAGAAGCUUUAGAAACUGGUUUCAAUACAAACAGAGGAAUUGGUUUGGAAAUAGUUUGUGUGUAUACUUUUCAGGUGUUGAUGCAAUAUGGUGGGGAGCUUCUUGUUAUACCACGAUGCCAUUCAUUUGCUUUGAUGGAAGGGAAAAUGCCAGUGAGAAGUAUGUCCUUAUUUAUCAGUACCUGAAUUGGACCGAAGCUCAGAGAUACUGCAGAGAACAUUACACAGAUCUGACCAGUGUGAGGAACAAGGCCGAGAACCUGAAGAUUAAAUCGGUACUAUAUAAUAAUGAUUAUAGCAGCGACGUAUGGAUCGGCUUGUACGAUACAAGGUCAUGGUCAGAUAAGAGCAACUCUUCUUUCAGCAACUGGAAUACAGGGCAACCUGAUAAUUUUGGAGGAAAUGAAUACUGUACUGCUGUUUUCACUACAUCUGGGAAAUGGACAGAUGAAGACUGUGGUCAAACUUUUCCCUUUUUUUGCUAUAGUUCAAUGUCAUCAAUCUUUCAUCAGUAUUACUUUGUCAAUGAAAAUAAGACCUGGAGUGAAGCACAAAGAUACUGUCGAGAGAUUCACAGAGACUUGGCUACCAUUGAUAACAUGGAAGAAAUGAUCAGUCUCCUUAACACAGUAAACGGAAGCUACACUGGUUUAGCCUGGAUCGGACUGUAUGAUAAUCUGGAUGACUGGAGAUGGUCUCUUGAUGAUGAUGCCUUCUAUAUGGAGGACGAGCGAGAGUUCAGAGGAUGGUACCAUGAACCCAAUAACUACAAUGGAACAGAACUUUGUGUUUCCAUGUAUAACACAGGGGAAUGGUUUGAUCAACAGUGUAAUCAGAGACUGGGAUUUGUGUGCUAUAAUGGUACAAACAACACAUAUGUAUGGAUUUCUGAAAGAAUGACUUGGGAAGAAGCUCAGAGUUUCUGCAGAGCAAAACACAAAGACCUGGCCAGUGUGAGGAAUGAACCCGAGCUUCAGCAGAUACUGAGCCUCACACAUGGCUAUGAUGUGUGGAUCGGUCUUUAUAGGAACCGCUUAUGGUCAGAUCAAAGCAACUCGACUUUUGCUUAUUGGAGAAAAGCGACUCAAGCACAUGUAAUAGCAGAACCUGAUAAUGGUUUGUAUUCAUUUGGACAAUUUGGAAAUCAACACUGCACCGCGAUGGAUUCUACUGGCAAAUGGACUGACGAAAACUGCUCAGCCAGUUUCCCGUUCAUUUGCUACAGUAUAUCUACUCCAGGUGCAUUGAUAGGACUGCAAAUGAAAAUUAAAGUUAAGGGAAACAUGCUAGACUCUCAGAUUAAAGAACUGGUGAUGAUGCAACCACACGUUGUAUUAUCUCUACAUUCGCUCUACACAAGUUGUGUGCUUCCACUUGGCUACACAGGAGAAGACUAA